AAACUAUAUUCAUUGCCAAAAAAGAAGACCUAAUGUUAAAUGCCUACUGUACACUACUUAUAUAGAUAUAGGAGAGCAUUAUUUUUUAUUUUCUCCCUCUCACUCUAUAUAUCCAUGUGAAGAAAAAGUUAAAUACUUCUCUGGUGAUUUGAGCUUAGAUUCUGGUGCCCGUUCUGAAGAGAUCAUCCUCUGAUCCAUUCAUAUGGCGGCAACCCAAUCACCAUCACAACCUGCUCCAGAUCGUGUCCCUGCUGGUGUGAAUGUGUGGAUUUGUGCGCACAUAUUCAUAGCUUCAAGUUUUCAUAUCCCCAAUUUUAGCUUUGGUUGGUCAAUAAAUUUGUACUGCCUGUGUUUCUAAGACUCUACUAAGUCACUGAGCUUACUGAUCAUGGAUGCAGAAGAGAAACCUGCCGAAUCAGAUAACAUGAAGGAGCAGCCUCUAUCAGCAAAAAAUGAGACGUCAGUUUCUCCUAAUUCCUCACAGGAUACUGCCCCUUCAGGUCAUCCUAGGGACACCACAGGUCAAUUGGGAGCAUUUGGUUCUCCUGGAGAUCGUGCUGUCUAUCCACCUAAUAUUUAUGCUCCUCAGGCACAGGCGUUCUACUACAGAGGUUAUGACAAUGUCACUGGUGAAUGGGAUGAAUAUCCUCCAUAUAUAAAUGCUGAAGGUUUAGAAAUUGGGUCUCCUGGUGUCUACAAUGACAAUCCUUCUCUUGUUUUCCAUGCUGGAUAUGGAUAUAGUCCACAAAUGCCUUAUGGGCCAUAUUCUCCAGUCACCACUCCUUUACCUUCUGUCGGUGGAGAUGCACAGUUAUACUCCCCUCAGCAAUUUCCAUUUUCUGGGCCACCUUAUUACCAGCAUCUAGGUCCUAACAUGUCAUAUAUCACUUCACCAACACCAGUUUCACAACCGGAGUUCAACGCAUUGGCAAACAUCGACCAACAAGGAGAUAACAUGCUUUUCGGACCAAGGCCUAGUUAUCCUCCUCCAGUAGGAUCAAUUGGUAGGGGCAGCUUUCCAGGAAACCAUGGUUUUCAUGAUCAGCAGCAGGGGUUCGACGGAUUGAGAUCUGGAGGACUUUGGUCAGAUUGGUCAAAGCCCUCAGAUAGAAAUAGGCCUUUGACUCCCUUUUCACCUUCAGUUUCCCCACAGCCUAUUGGCAAUUUUGUGUCAUUUGGGCAGAAUGUUGGAAUGGCAUCUCAACAACAAAGAUCAUUUUAUGGCCCUGGAUCUGGUUCAAACUCCUACAAUAGAGCCUAUCUGCAGAGUGGUUACAAUCAGGGAUCUAGUUUUGGAAGUGCAUCCAUUUCUAGUUUGGGGACUAACAAUCGGGGUUGGCUUUCUCUUGAAAACAACAGACGGCGAGGAAGGAGCAAUGUUUCCUUAUGUGGCUGCAAUGGUAGUCUUGAUAUCCUUAGUGAGCAAAACAGAGGACCAAGGGCCUUAAAGCCUAAGGCCCAAAAUACAGCUGAACAUGGUCCUUCUGUUGAGAAUAAUAAACAUAGCAAACCAUCUGCCAAGAUCCAUGACGAAUCAUACAACCAACCAGAUUUUGUAAUUGAAUACAAGGAUGCUAAGUUCUUCAUCAUCAAGUCAUACAGUGAAGAUAACGUUCACAAGAGCAUCAAAUAUGGUGUUUGGGCCAGCACUCCAAAUGGGAAUAGAAAAUUGGACACCACCUAUCGUGAAGCUAAGGAGAAGCAAGAUCCUUGUCCUGUGUUUCUCUUAUUUUCGGUGAAUGCUAGUGCCCAGUUUUGUGGAGUGGCUGAAAUGACUGGACCUGUUGACUUUGACAAGAGUGUGGAUUACUGGCAGCAGGACAAGUGGAGCGGGCAGUUCCCUGUCAAAUGGCACAUUAUUAAAGAUGUCCCAAACAGUCAGUUUCGUCACAUUGUAUUGGAAAAUAAUGACAACAAGCCUGUCACUAACAGUCGAGACACACAGGAGGUGAAAUUGGAGCAGGGCAUUGAGAUGUUGAACAUCUUUAAGAAUUACGAAACUGAUAUGUCAAUCAUAGAUGAUUUUGAUUUUUAUGAGGACCGACAGAAAGCCAUGCAAGAAAGGAAGGCUAGACAGCAAGCCAGCCUGAUGGCUGUAGGUGUAGUUGGAGAAAGUGAGCACAGAAAUGCAGUUACCUUACCAACUGAUAUUAUCAAGCAGAUGACGAAGAGUUUUGCUCAAGUUGUCUGCCUGGAUGAGUCUAGCAAAGAAGGCACUGUUACUGAUAGGGUUAGUUCUGGCUCUGAUGGUUCUGCGGGCGCUAGAGUUAAAUUGGAAGAUGGUAUCACAACCGUCUCCCCCUCGCAGACCAGUUAGGAAGAAACAAAUACUCCAAGAUUUGGGCAGGCUCCUGGUAGUGUAAGUGACAGGAACUUUGAUUCCAUCUUCUAGUCCCCCAUUGUCUUGUGUGAAGGUGGAUAGUCAUAUCGCAGAAUUGAUUGGAGUGCAUCAAUAGCUGGAUGACGGGUCUUCUAAGUUUUGCAGGGACAAUUCGCUACAUGUAUAAUACAUGGUUUUUUGAGUGUUGCGUUGUACUUGUAGUCAGUGUUCCUUUCGUUUUCUUGGUCCUUUACAUUGCAUUUUGAGCGAGAAUAGUUAUGCGGAGAUAGUGGUUGACAUCUUGCAUUUGCAAGAGUAACUCGACUUUGCAGGCAGCUUAAUAAGGGAAAUAUAGCAAAAGAUGUUGAAGGAAGAACCUCUUAGUGUCAAUGCUUUCUACAUAAUGAGCUACUAAUUUCUGUC